UUUAUUUAUAUUCCUCCGUCACAUGGGCUCUGUGGGUGCAGUGUGUGAGCUGUCGACACCGGCCGCGGCUCGUGUGAACAUUAUGGGGAUUUAAAAAGAGGCAGCGAGGGAAAAAAAAAAAAACAACAACUUAAAAAAAGGGGGGGGACUCCACAUCUUUCUCUCUGCCUCUCCUCCUCCUCCUCCUCUGCUGCUGCUGCUGCUGCUGCGAGGCAUCCGAGGAUCAUGCAACACCUGAAGCCAUGGCGAGCUCUGCUGCUGCUGACCGUGCUGUGGCAGCCAGGGAUGUCAGACAAAUACGGCUGCCUGUUUGAGAGAAAACUGUGCACGAGGGAUCAGUUCUGCUCAGACGACGGGCUGUUCGGUCAGUGUCUCAGCUCCAGGCAGGACAGGGUCCAAUUCCAGGUUUCAGUUCCUGUCCUGAAGAGGAUGCAGGAAGUCCUCAAACAGCUGAUGCUACAAGGUCUUUCCUGGCAAGAUGACAUCACACAAUACAUUCUAUCAAAGGAGCUGAAGCGAGUUCCCCAUACCACCCAGCCCUCCAAGCCCAGCGCCUCCUCACUGUCGUCUCAUCCAUCUCAGUCCAAACAGCACAUCCCCCAUCACCACAGUCCUAAAACGGGGUCCGCAUCUCCCGAAGGCAACUAUCUGGACUACAUGAUUGUUGAGCCGCCUCAGUCUCCGCUACGAAUGCAGACAGCCUCCAUGGACCCGUACACAUACCACCAGCAUAGAUAUCAAGAUGAAGUAGAGAGAUCACUCAUUGGGGCCGGAGGCGGUUACAUCCGCCCCUCUUCAAGGUCGCAGGCCAAUCAGAGAGAGCGUGAGCGAGAGCGUGACAGGCAGCUGCUGCAGGAAGCUCUGUCUCUCUACCUGGCGUCAGCACAGCCUUCUUAUCGCCACCGAGGGCCGGCUUCCAUGGCUCCCGCAGGUCUGCCUUAUUAUGAAGACUUGGAACUGGAGAUACCAGUGGACUAUGUGGAAGACUACACCCUAGAGGAGAGACUUGGUACUACUGGCAGACAACAACAACAGCCACAACAACAACAACAACAGCAGCAGCAGCUGCAGAACAAAAAAGUUCCACAGGACUUCGGCACUCUGCCUGGAAGUGGAAAUGACGGCCUGCUUCAGAGGAUGUCAGGCGUCCUGCAGAGAUACGGAGUCGACCCCAGGGAGCUCAGUCAAGAGCAGCUCUACAAGCUAGCCCUCAUUCUGCAGCUGCUGCAGGCCCAAGACAAGACAGAUCCCAAUGAGAAAGACCUCGUCACCCUUAAGGAGAUGCAGCUGCUUAAAACAGACAGUGUGUCCCAUAAGCCGGAGAAACCUGCCCCAGUUCCUGUUUCUGGUCCCGCUGCUGCCCCUCCCGCCCCCUCCUCUGUCUUGGCCCCGGCCACGGCUCCGGCCAAGAGCGCCAGCCUCCCUCCCUCUGCAUCCCAGGCUCCGCAGGCUGCUCCUGCUGCAGCCGGAGUGGGCCUGAAGGAGCAUGGAUUGCCAGUGGUGGAGGGCACGGGAGGCAAGGAGGAGUAUGGGUACAUCGUCACCAACCGGAGUCUUCUGAGUUUGUAUGACGGAGUGAAGCUGCUGGAGCUGCUGGCAGACAAGAUACACCUGACGACCAGCAGCUUCAUAAAUAUCAGUGUGGUGGGUCCUGCGCUGACGUUCCGUAUCCACCAGAACGAGCACAACAUGACGGCUGCAGAGGUGGCUGCUAAAGCCGUAUCUGAAAAGAGCUUCCUGGAGUCAGAGACAGGCCUGAAGAUCAUCCAGACUGGUGUGGGAGAGAGGACAGAUGCGCGGGGUCUCCCUCAGGUAACCAGGGUUUCCGAGGGCUCCAGUGGGACGGUCAUCACCCUUGUUUCCAUGGCAGUCGUGGGCGGCGUGCUGGUAUUGGCCAUGGCCGUGGCUUGUCUACGGCACUACACUCAGCAAGUGGCCAGUGGCAAGCUUGGCCUGGGCCCGGAGGGAGGAGCGGAGACACACUUUGACUACCAGGAGUUAUGUCGGCAGCACAUGGCGUCCAAAUCCUCCCUGUGUCGUCAGGACUGUGUGGCCGGCGGGAGCAUGGCGGGGUCCGCCAUACCAACAGGUGCUGGCGGUCGAAGAGGCACGGACACGUCCCGCGUCAGCAGCGUCUCCUCCCAGUUCAGCGACGGCCCCCAGCACAGCCCGUCCUCCACCCACAGCUCCACCCCGUCCUGGAGCGAAGAGCCAGCCCAGUCCAACAUGGACAUCUCCACUGGUCACAUGAUACUGGCGUAUAUGGAGGACCACCUGCGUAAUAAGGACCGUCUUCAGAAGGAGUGGGAAGCUCUGUGCUCCUACCAGGCUGAUCCCAGUUCAGUGGCCGUGGCUCAAAACCCGAGCAACAUGGACAAAAACAGACACGCUGAGUCCCUCCCCUAUGAUCACUCUCGUGUGAAGCUGAAGUCUGAAGUGAACUCCAGUAAACAAGACUACAUCAACGCCAGCCUCAUUUCUGAUCACGACCCUCGCCAGCCAGCUUACAUCGCCACGCAGGGACCGCUCGCUCACACUGUCGCUGAUUUCUGGCAGAUGGUGUGGGAGAACGGCUGCACGGUGAUCGUGAUGAUGACAGCCCUGGUGGAGGACGGAGAGAAGCAGUGCGAGCGUUACUGGCCUGACGAGGGCUCCUCACUCUACCACAUCUACGAGGUGAACCUGGUAUCAGAGCACAUCUGGUGUAAGGACUUCCUGGUGCGCAGCUUCUACCUGAAGAACGUCCAGACGCAGGAGACCAGAACCUUGACGCAGUUCCACCUGCUGAGCUGGCCGGCUGACGGCAUCCCCACCUCCACCCGACCGCUGCUCGACUUCCGCAGGAAGGUGAAUAAAUGCUACAGAGGUCGUUCCUGCCCAAUCAUCGUUCACUGCGGCGAUGGCACUGGCAGGACUGGCACGUACAUCCUUAUUGACAUGGUGCUGAAUCGCAUGGCCAAGGGAGUGAAGGAGAUCGACAUUGCUGCCUCACUGGAGCACAUCAGAGACCAGAGACCCGGCUUGGUCCGCACCAAGGACCAGUUUGAGUUUGCGCUGACAGCAGUCGCUGAGGAAGUGAACGCCAUCUUGAAAGCCCUGCCACAGUGAGCUGAGGACGACAGGAGGACAUGCACAAGCACACAGAGAUAAAAACACUAUAAAGCAGUCAUGUAUGUCUGGCCCUUCACUGUAAAUAAGAAUUUGCUCUGCCACACAUGGAGCGGUUACUGCUCUUGUUUUCAGCAUGCAGUAUUUCACCAUCUCCUCAUCACCUGGGUUUCUAAAAUGUUUUGGGAACUUUAUCAAAAGUGCAUCAAAUCUUUUUUUUUGGCAGGGUGUAAAUGAUGAACGAGGAUCAGAUUUAUUUUUCACCAAACAAAUUUGAAUACCUCUAUGAUGUUUCUACCUAAUUAGACAUUUACAAAACUACAAAAAAAAGGAGAGACUUGCAUAUACUGUGCCUGUGUGAAUCCAGAAAAAAAUUUCCCCCCUUUUUUUUUGAGUCUGACAUUGUUACGUCACGAUACUAAAGUGUAACAUCGUUCACCUCUCAGAUUCCACGUUUUUACUGGACCUCAACUGAUCGACAUCAACAGACGAUUUACCAAAAACACUGAGGGUCUGUUUGAUAAAUCACUUCCCAAACUUAUCAGACUGCAAAGACACCAAUCUUGCUGAUAUACACCGGUGAUUAAGUCACAUUUAACCCCGAGUGUGGUGUUGUGUGUCCACCAGAAUACUGUAUGCUACCGUCUGGCGUGUGUUGAUUUCCAGCAAGUUUUUAUCCGUGAGGCUUGUCUUUGCCUUGACAACAUGAUUGUCUGCUUUCAGGCUCUGGUCGUUUUGUGACAGCUGCUGUACACUGACCACAAAGUGCGCAUCGCCCUCUCUCUCUCUCUCUCUCUCUCUCUCUCUCUCUCUCUCUGUCUCUCUCUCUCUGCACACAAAGUUAACUUUGGGUUCUUUCCAAUUGUCUUACUCAGUGUAUGGCCUUGUGUCCAUGUUCAUACUCAUGUAAAUAAUCCACCCUGAUGAUUGUGUUUAAUUCAUGUAGCAGAAAGAUAGAAAAUAUCUAUAAAAAUGUAUUUUUGACUUGACCUGAAUAAAUUUGUGACGUGUUGCAGCAAGAAAAUGAAAAAAAAAA